CGCUGGACUUCAAGCACUUGCUCGCCUUCCACUUCAAUGGCGCAACCCCGCUCAGUCUCUUCCCCAACUUCAGCACGAUGGACCCGGUCCAGAAAGCUGUCAUCAGCCACACGUUUGGGGUCCCCUCCCCUAUGAAGAAGAAGCUCUUCAUUUCCUGUAACAUCUGUCACCUGAGGUUCAACUCAACGAACCAGGCUGAAGCACAUUACAAAGGCCACAAACACGCCAGAAAACUCAAGGCUGUCGAAGCUGCCAAGAGCAAGCAGAGGCCGCAAACCCUGGCCCAGGACAGGGUGGUGUCCCCAACCCCAACUCUGGCCAGUGGAGCCCCCGGAGAGCAACAGAGCAAAGCAGCUCCUGCAGCCCUUCCACUCCAGCUACCACCGACUAUGGACCUUGCAUCCAGGGAGCCAGCCCACUCAGACCUCUUGGACGCUGCCUCCUGCUCCUCCUCUGCUUCCUCCUGUCCACCCUGUUCCCCAGAGCCUGGGAGAGAGGCGCCGGGGCCUGAGCCAGCGGCGGCUACUGUGGGAAGCAGUGUGAGUGAGGAAGGCAAGGUCAAGAAGGGGCGCCUCUACUGCCCUACAUGUAAGGUGACUGUGAACUCGGCCUCCCAGCUGCAGGCUCACAACACAGGAGCCAAGCAUCGGUGGAUGGUGGAAGGCCAGCGAGGGGCUCCUCGAAGGGGCCGGGGCCGUCCAGUGCCCCGGGGAGGAGCUGGACACAAGGCCAAGAGAGUGACAGGGGCCCGGAGUGGCCACCAGGGGCUCAGCCCUCCUUUCCACUGUGCUCUCUGUCAGCUCCAGGUCAAUUCGGAGACACAACUCAAGCAGCACAUGAGCAGCAGGAGACACAAAGACCGCCUGGCUGGGAAGCCCCCCAAGCCCUCCAGCCAGCAAAGCAAGCUGCAGAAGCACGCAGCGCUGGCUGUGAGUAUCCUCAAGUCUAAACUGGCUUUGCAGAGGGAACUCACCAAGACGCUGGCAGCCCGCUUCCUGCCCAGCCCGCUCCCCACCGCAGCUGCUGCCAUGUGUGCCCUGCCAGGGCCCCUGGCCCUCCAGCCUGCCCCUACCACAGCCACUACCCUCUUCCCAGCCCCCAUCCUGGGCCCAGCUCUGUUCCGCACCCCAGGGGGAGCCGUCCGCCCUGCCACGGGACCCAUCGUCUUUGCCCACUAUUAGCCUUCAUGGGGAGGCCAGGGCUGAUUUCCCAACAGCCACUCACCACCUCCUACUGUCCCCAAGAUCCCACAGGGGCUGCCUUUUACAGCUUAGGGGUUCUUGCUCAAUCUAGGAACUGCGGGGCUAGUUUUAAGGACAACUGCCCUUCAUUACCUAUCUGGACUGGGGAUUAAACCAGUACACCCCGCCCCCCCAACCCCCAUCCAAGAAUCACCCCCACCCUUCUUUCCUGGAGGCUAGUCCAUGGCUAGUCCUAGGCUCCCCGGCCUCUGCGAGCCUGAUAAAUCCCAAAGGUCUAAGCAGAAUCCCAGCCCCAGCCAUGUGGUGUUCUCAUUUUCCAAACUCAAGUCCUACACCCACAUGGCCAGACUCUAGGAUUAAUCUUAGCUCCACAAGCCAGCCUCUCCUAGCCUGGGGACAAAUAUAUGGUCCCAGUUCCCAUGCUUUGGGGCCUCACUGGAUUCUUUGGAGAUGGGGUCCAAACUGGAGUGGGUUCAAGGCUCAGGGCAAGGUGACCAUGGGGGUGUGGCAGAGGACUGUGGAAAAAGAGGGACCCAAGAGUCCCUUGAUCACACAGUACAAUGGUGGGUGGGGCCAAAGGGGUAGGGGAGCUGGGCUGGAAGCUUUUGGGGCAUCAUAUGCUCCAAUAGGACCGAGCUAAGAUGGGGCAGGUGAGGCUCAGUUUUAGUAGAGGCAGUGACCCAUCCCACAAAAGCUCUCCCUUCUUAGCCUUUCAUUCAUUCCUCCUGAACCCCAGCUCAUGCUGGGGGUGGGGGACCACUGGGUCUCCCUCAGACUAUGUACUCUGCUAACAGCAAAUCCCCCCAGGGCUCCCAAAGGAAGAGUUUUCCCCUACAGCUCCUCACCCCAAACUGGUUCCUAGCACCAAAUUCAGCUUUCCCUCCUCCAGCCUCCCCACUGUGAAGCUGUGUUGAGGUACAGUCUGAUACACACUCAAGACCCAUUUUCAUGCUGCCAAAGUCAAUGUCACAAAAUUCAUCCCACCCCAGCACUGCCCCCCUCACCCUAUAAUAUGGGACUUUGCCAGUAUCCACCUGCAUCUUUUUUUUAAAAAAGAUAUUUCCAAUGGGAAAACAAGACAUGGGGGGAGGGGAGGGAAACGUUUUGAUAGCGGUUGUGGUUUUAUUGUGUCCAAUCCAUCAAUAAAUGAACUUUAAGCCCGA